CCUCCCGGAGCGCCGUCAUGGUCCUCCUGCCCCGAUCGGUGGCCCGGAGCCUCCUGGGCUACCGGGAAAGCCUCAAGCCGCUGGCGGCCGCGCCCUCCGAGCGCCUUCCCGGGGGGCAGCGGCUGAACUGCACCGGCCUAUCGGCGUUGCAGGAGCGCACGCUGAUCGCCCUGAAACCAGACGGGGUCCAGAGGAGACUCCUGGGCGACGUGAUCAAACGUUUCGAGAGACGUGGCUUCAAGCUUGUGGGACUCAAAUUACUCCAGGCCAAUGAAGGGAUUCUGUCAGAACACUACCACGAGCUACGCAGGAAACCAUUCUAUCAUGAGCUAAUACAGUACAUGACCUCUGGACCUGUGGUGGCCAUGGUUUGGGAAGGGCACAACGUGGUCAAGUCAUCCCGGGCCAUGGUAGGAGAGACGAACCCUGCAGAAGCCAAGCCUGGGACCGUCCGAGGAGACUUCAGUGUCCACGUCAGCAGGAACGUCGUCCACGCCAGCGAUUCUGUGGAGACAGCCCAGCGGGAGAUCAGCCUUUGGUUCCGAAGUGACGAGCUGGUCGACUGGAACUGUUGCGAUCACAAAAUCAUGUACGAACUCUGACGACAACCACCUGGCCUUGACCACGCUCCCCAGAGCGGGACCUGCUCCCUCAGCUGACGCGUGACUUUUCCAGAACGCGCCACUUUCUGGCCCUCUGGGUUACUGCCUUCCAAUCCAGAAGAAGGAACAGGAGUGGGUGGGUGGGUAUCCUCUCCAGCCACGUUGGCCUCCCUCAGGGGAGCAGGCCACAUACCGUGCCCCCCCUGUUUUGCUCAGUCCAUCUGACUAGCUUCCAAGUUCCUCAGAUUCCACACAGAGCCACGGUUUAGAAAUGCGGACGAGCGGGAUGGGAACAGCAUGGAGUACAGGCCAUAAUAGAAAUCACAUUAAAAACCAAUUUGUACCCA